UACUCCAAUCUGCGAAACGACGGUUUAAAAUACUUUCUCUUUGGCCUAUGUUUGAUUGCUAGUACUGUGGUUUUAUUGGUUCACGCAUCAGGUCUUGAAUUUCUUAUAUGCGACAUCCACUGAGUACGCUGAAAUAGUUAACCGAAAUAGAUCUUCUAAGCUCCURUCGAGAUAAUCAAACUACUAAAGACUAAAUAAAGCUCACGCCAAGAGACAAGAAGUCAGAGUACCAAAACUCUUGGUCGRUCGAGGUGUAAUCGAAGUCACAGUACCAGAAAUCCCACAAGGAAAGAAUCUAUCUGAGAGUAUUGUAGAAGAUUAUCUAAAUUUUCUUGGACUGACAUGGGUGUAUUAAUUGGUUUGUUUGGCGUUGUUUUGAUUCUUGGAAACACGGUAAAGGAGUCUUGCGCGGUAUCUAGUGGAGUUUCUCCUGGUAAACCAACGGAGCUCACCCUUAGCAAUUCGUUGGAGUCAAGUGCAGAUCAUGGUGUCAUAGCAACCAUAAGGUGGCGCGCACCCCCUAGCAACAGUACACUCUCUUUCUACGUGCGCUACCAAGAAGACAAGUCUAGUAACCCGUCACAGAAGAGAGUCACUUCAAACUCCGCUGUUAUUUAUCUUAAACCAAAUACGAAGUACCGUAUUAAAAUCAUGGCUCUUGAUGAGGCAUCUCGGCAAGGACCUUGGUCGGAUGAUUUUAUUAUACAGACCGGAGACUCGGUGCCCACCAAAGCUCCUGAUAACGUGACAGCAGUUUCAAGAGACGCUUCUUCAAUCCGUAUCACCUGGCAACCAAUUCCUAAAAAGUACCACAAUGGCAUUCUUCUUGGUUAUAUCGUCUUUUAUAGAAAAAGAGACACCAACAAAUGGCAAAGACAAACCAUUUCUUCUGCGGAUACAUAUUCUUACAUCAUAAAUGGUUUACUGCCUGGAGAGAGCUACAUUAUUGCCGUGGCUGGCUACACUAAGAAUGGCACUGGGAAAAARUCUAUUGAUGUGGGUGUAGACCGUUCUCUACCAACACCAAACCCAACCACACAACAUCCUACGACAUCCUCUUCCACCAAGGAAGUUGCACCAUCAACUAAAGAAGCGACAAGYCCCAAGACUAUGGCGAACAAUAUCCCGAAACCUUCCACUACAGAAGCACCAAUAAUCUUGGAAGUGUAUAGUGAAUUAUUUUCGACCCCAACUGUAAUUGCCAAGUCGCCAGAUGCUCARGCCAAUAAAGAUAUCACUGAAAGCAAGACUUCUUCCCUAGAACUUGUCUACAAGUUUAUUGCACCUGGUGCCAUUGGAGGACUCAUUCUUGUCCUACUCAUCGUUUGCUUCAUGUGGCAUCAGCGGCGAUCAAAAAAGAAGCGUAAGCACCAACAGGAAAUGGAGGCGAUGAGUCUACAGACUCUUAGUGAAAACAUGAAGAGUCCCACCCGGAAAGAUACCGUGAAAUUAAAAGGUGAAGUUACGCGAGGCGAAGGAAGCAUCCGCUACGCGCCGCCGAAGUCGAUACCUCAAGAAGACUCACUUCAAAGAGUCAACAUAACGCCAAACCAGUUGGCGCAAUUCGAUGAGUGUCAUACAACUCUUAGUGUCAUCUCUGAGAGCGAACCUUCGGGAAAAUGCCAGUCGCAGGCAGCCUGCAAGUCGCCAGAUGAAACAACAGAGAAAGACCCGAACAGACGGCGACAAUAUGCUGAGAUUUGUGUGGGAAACAGCGAUAAGGUCGAGGAUGAGCGUUAUGUGAAACACGGAGACAAAUCGAGAAUCUACGCUGAACCAUUCUCAGUCCAACCCGCCCCAAGCUCUCCCGCCAAGUCCACAUCAAGUGAAGCCAAGUACGAGAACAUGCAAAAUCUGUAUGAAUUCCUUGAUGUCAAGGAUGACCAAGGUAAYCCAUUGUAUAUGAACAUUGAUGGUUUUGGUGAGGACCUUAAACCCGAAGGGGAGGAUCUGUAUGAAGAGAUUCCCGCUGACCGACCUGAAAGUCAUUCCGAGGAACAUGAACCGCUACUUCUGCAGUCUCAAAGAAACGAAGAAGACGAAACUAAAUAGCUUCUCAAUCGCUUUCAUAACUACGACUUAUAAGGAUUAUGUUAUGUCCAUCAUUCCUUCGUGAAUUCAGGUAGACAUUGGAUGCUUCGUACUGACGAGAGACUCGACCAUUCCUUGCCAAAGCAGUACAUAUUCCUCAAUACCAACUUGGCUUGAGUGGCAGACACUAAUAGUAAGGAAUAAGAAUUGUUUCUUUAUCAUUAGUUAGUUUAUUUAUUAUUUAUACAGUUUAAAAUUAGCUACGUAUGUUAUAGUCAAUUUAAAUCAGUAAUGUAGUGCUGCCAGUUGAAAUAGAUGUUUUGUUAGUGCGGUAAUUUGCAUCACUGUGUGGUAUUGGUGGCAAGUAUAUGUUAAGCAGUUAAGGGAAAAUUGAAAAAUAGCGGGACUUUAGGAGGCUUGAACGAAUACCUAAUUCGAAGCUAGCACCCACUCUCUGCGCCACGGUCGUGCAGUGUUGCAUUUAUUGUGYGGUGCGGUUUAGUGCGGCAUUUUGAUUGACUAGCUCAGUCAUGCAGGAAACUUAGGAAGCCAGUCGUAAAGUUAACGAGAUCGUUUAUUUCCGAACGUCCUGGCCUUAGAAUUAUUCGUUUAUUUAAAUAAUAGCGUUAAUACUUAACUUUUUACUCAAGAAUUUAUAGUUCAUAGGUCCAAAAAGUUGUCAAGAGAUGGCUUAGAACGAUUUUAACCAUUCAAUUACAUCAAAUACCACCUUUCAAGUGUUUACGAAAGUCAGAUUCACUUUUCAACAUUCUUGAGAAAUUCUCAAGUUCACAAGUUCAAAGUUUGCUGCGMACUACUGCUAUACGCAUGCGUGGUACGAGCGAGGCUAAAUGUUAAUCGUUUGAGGCCAGCUUAACUCUUGAACAUGUCUGUAAAUAACGACUUUCACUUUGAAAGAAAAAAGGUUUUGAGGAAUAUAUUCCUAACAUAAAAGUAACCAGCUUUGAAAUUUUUCAACGAAAUACUGAAAUACCGUAAAUUGUUACUCGCUACUUCGUUUCAGUUGUUUCUAGCCUUGUGAUGGCGAAUUGUCACAUUGUUAAUAUUGCGUGCGUACCAAAAUUACAUCGUUGUAAACAAGUCAUCGUCUUUUCAGGUUUUUUUUCUAAGUUCUUUUUAGCUAGAGACCAAUGAUAAAUCAUUUCUAUACUACUUCCUAGCUUAAAAAUAAUUUCAUCAUUUAGUCAUGUCUGAUUAUUGUAGCUCCCCAAAUCCAGGGACUGGGAGAGUUCAUGCCUGUUCACAAAACAGUCUUUUAACAAGAAAGAGUGCUUGAAAUUUAGCAAUUUUUAAGUCAUAGAAACAUAGGUUUAAUAAAUUAGUGUUAACAAACAUAGUGGAUGGUAAAGUUUGGCUGGACUGAUCAACCGAUCACACGUCUUCGUUAUCGGCUUAUUUAUCUAUUUAGUAUGUGACUUACAAUAGUGCUAACACUUCACAGUAGUAGAUGACCUGGCAGUUUUAUAUUUUACUGAGUGAGAGGUUCAUUUUAUCGUGAAGCUUCGUGAGCUGUUUUCAGCUCGUUCCCAGUCCCUUGGUCGUUUGCAAAGGGGAUUUUAUAGACUGACAGCUUGAUGUAUUCCCUUAGCAACA